CGUAAAUUCUACCCGAAAAUUUCCUGAAAUUCUUCUUAUCUUUUUCUCUUAUUAAGAAAUAUAUAACUGAAAUAGUUACAUACAUAUCUCACACACAUUGUAUGUUACUUUCUUGUCCCUUGGUGCAAUAAUAUCACGAGAGAGAGAGAGAGAGAGAGGUAAUCGAAAUCGCAGAUUUUCUCAGCUACUUUCUCGCCAGCCAAACAAACCCUACACGUUUUUUUUCUUCUGAUUUCUCUCUGAAUCCUCGAUUUCUACGUCCGGGUCGUCGAAAGAUCCGAUUUUGCCACGUGGGUCGACGUCAAAAACCAUAAAAAUGGAGUUUUGUCAACAAGCCAACAACUACCACACCUCCUCCGUCGCCGCCGGUGAUGUCUCCGGCGACCCGCUGAACUGGAACGCGGCGGCGGAGGCUAUGAAGGGGAGCCACGUGGAGGAGGUGAAGCGGAUGGUGGAGGAUUACCGGAGGAAGACGGUGAAGCUCGGCGGAGAGACGCUGACCAUCGGCCAGGUCGCGGCGGUCUCCGGCUUCGGAGGAUCGGCGGCGGCGGCGAAGGUAGAGCUGUCGGAGGCGGCACGUGCCGGCGUGAAGGCGAGCUCGGACUGGGUGAUGGAGAGCAUGAACCGUGGUACGGACAGCUACGGAGUCACCACAGGUUUCGGUGCAACUUCACAUCGAAGGACCAGACAAGGUGGCGCUCUUCAAAAGGAGCUCAUUAGAUUCCUGAACGCCGGAAUAUUCGGCUCCGGCGAUGCCACGUGUCACACUCUGCCGCACGCGGCGACUCGGGCCGCGAUGCUCGUCCGAGUCAACACGCUCCUCCAAGGGUUUUCCGGGAUUCGAUUCGAGAUCCUCGAAGCCAUCGCCAAGUUCCUCAACCACAACAUCACUCCCUGUCUCCCUCUACGUGGGACCAUCACUGCCUCCGGUGACCUCGUCCCUCUCUCCUACAUCGCCGGACUACUCACCGGCCGACCAAACUCCGUCGCUGUUGGACCCUCCGGCGAGACCCUCUCCGCCGCCGAGGCCUUCAAGCUCGCCGGAAUCGAGGGUGGUUCGUUCUUCGAGCUGCAGCCCAAGGAAGGUCUCGCUCUGGUCAACGGGACCGCCGUGGGGUCGGGCUUGGCGGCGACGAUUCUGUUCGAAGCCAACAUCCUGGCGGUUCUGUCGGAGGUCAUGUCGGCGGUUUUCGCGGAAGUGAUGCAAGGGAAACCGGAGUUUACAGAUCAUCUGACGCAUAAACUGAAACAUCAUCCUGGUCAGAUCGAAGCUGCUGCGAUCAUGGAGCAUAUUUUAGAUGGAAGCUCUUACGUCAAAGAAGCUCAGCGUCUCCACGACAUUGAUCCUCUUCAGAAACCCAAGCAAGAUCGGUACGCUCUAAGAACGUCACCGCAGUGGCUGGGGCCUCAGAUCGAGGUUAUAAGAGUGGCGACGAAGAUGAUCGAACGCGAGAUUAACUCUGUUAACGACAACCCUUUGAUCGAUGUUUCGAGGAACAAGGCGUUGCACGGAGGCAAUUUCCAGGGGACACCGAUCGGAGUCUCGAUGGAUAACACUCGGCUCGCGAUAGCAGCGAUCGGGAAGCUCAUGUUCGCCCAGUUCUCCGAGCUCGUCAAUGAUUUCUACAACAAUGGUUUGCCCUCUAAUCUAUCCGGCGGACGAAACCCGAGUCUCGAUUACGGGUUUAAAGGCGCUGAGAUCGCCAUGGCAGCUUACUGCUCAGAGCUUCAGUUCCUGGCUAAUCCCGUGACGAACCACGUUCAAAGCGCCGAGCAGCACAACCAAGAUGUUAACUCGCUCGGGUUGAUCUCGAGCCGAAAAACCGCGGAAGCAGUCGAAGUUCUCAAGCUCAUGUCGGCGACUUACUUAGUCGGGCUGUGCCAAGCGGUCGACCUGAGACACUUGGAGGAGAAUCUCAAGAAGGCCGUGAAGGCGGCCGUGAGCCAAACCGCGAAACGGGUGCUAACCGUCGGGACGAACGGUGAGCUCCAUCCGUCUCGGUUCAGUGAAAGAGACGUCCUCCAAGUGGUGGACAGAGAACACGUCUUCGGCUAUGCGGACGAUCCCUGCAGCAUGACCUAUCCUCUGAUGCAGAAACUAAGGCACGUCCUGGUCGACCGCGCCUUGGCCGACCUCGAACGCGAGGACAAUGCCGCGACCUCAGUCUUCCACAAGAUCGGUGCGUUCGAGGCCGAGCUGAAAUUGUUGCUUCCGAAAGAAGUGGAACGUGUCCGAACCGAGUACGAGAGCGGUACGUGCCUUGUCUCGAACAGGAUCAAGGAAUGCAGGUCGUAUCCGCUGUACCGGUUCGUGCGUGUCGAGCUCGGGACGGAGAUUCUCACCGGAGAGAAAGUGCGGUCACCGGGAGAGGAAUUCGACAAGGUUUUCUCCGCGAUUUGCGGUGGAAAAAUCAUCGAGCCGUUGUUGGAAUGUCUCAAGGAAUGGAACGGUGCUCCGAUUCCGAUCUGCUAAAAGCAUCCGCAGAAGACAGGAAUCUCGAAACAAACCAUACGCCGAAAAUACUCUUUGAUCUUCUUCUUCUUCUUCUUCUUCUUCUUCUUCUUCUUCUUCUUCUUCUUCUUCUUCUUCUUCUUCUUCUUCUUCUUCUUCUUCUUCUUCUUCUUCUUCUUUACACGAACAUUAUCGUACUCCGAACUGUAAUUUCAAUGUUAUCUGCUCUGUUUUUUUUUCUUUCCCUUCUUCUCUCCGCUUUCAACGAUGCUCUGUUUUGAAAAUGCAAUGUAUAAAAGAAUGGAGUUCCGUACACAUGCAGUUGUUCAUA